GAAAAAUAUAAGUUCAUCUGCGUCGCUCGCAGUCGCGGUCCUUUGGUAUCCCCGCCGGCGCAAAGCCCUUGUCGGGAGGCCCAGAUAGCGCGCUGGGCUUCUUGGGAUAAUUCUGGGGCCAAUUAAACUGAGGGCGUUUCACGGGCGAAAGUAGCGACAUUUGAGGCGCAGCGAAUUAGUCGGCGCUUGCAUGGACGGCCAGGUCGCGAGCCCAUAAUUGAGCGCUCUCGCACAGCUGCUGCUAGUGUCGCGACGCUUGCGCACUACAUACAAUAGAGGUGGUCCCUAGGCCCACAGCAGCAUCAAUUUCCUCGCGCACCUUAACGACGCGCGCUCGCUUUCUCGAUGCUCGCUGCCUGCCCACCGCUUGGCGCGGUUGCUUCGCCCUUCAAGGGGCCGUCCGCCGCGACCAACUACGCCUAUGAUGCGGACGUCUCGGAUGAGCGUUGCUCCAGCGAUGAGACAUCCGACGCAUUUGAUACUAAUGUGCGCUGCGCGCUGCGUCCGGGGGCCCAAGCGACUGGGGCGACUGGCAAGACCAUGAACCAGCGCCCAGUCGCCGUCUGUGCGAGCUGGGUGCCUUCGUUCCUGUCCGCAACCUACUUCCAGCCUUGCGAGCGCCACCGGCAUCACAAGAAGAACGAGUGCACCUUCUUCUGCAUCUCCUGCGGUGCAAAGCCCCACAGUGUCUGCCAACAUUGCAUGGGCGCGCACGCAGGCCACCAGGUCAUUCAGGUCCGGCGCUACGUUUACUGCGACGUCGUGCGCGCCUGCGACAUCAACGCGUACGUCGACACCACCGGCGUGCAGAACUACAUUAUCAACAGCGCAAAGGUGAUGUUCCUGAACCACCGCCCCCACUCCAAGAUCGGCCGCGUCAACGGCGCCGACACCUGCCGCACCUGCCACCGCCACCUGCGCGAGGGCUUCUCCUACUGCUCCCUCGCCUGCAAGGUGGAGGCACUGCACCUGACCUGCGGCGGUGCCGCCAUCAGCUCCGGCGCCGCUGGCAGCGCCAGCGCCAGCGCUGGCGGCGACGCCGCGGCGGCGCAGCCGCCGCCGGCGGCUGCCGCCGUCGGCCCCGGCGCCGUCAGCCUGAUCCGCGCCGGCAGUGACAUCACUGGUUCGGCGGCGGCGGCGGUGGCGGCGGCGGUGGCGCGGCAGCAGCCCGUGUCCCCGGCGACCGCCACGGCGGCGGCGGCGGCCUCGGGUGUCAGCCCGUUCGCCCUGGAGCCGGCGGUGGCGGCCGCCGCCGGUGGCGCGGUGGCGGCUGCCGCCAGCUGCGCCGCGCUGAGCAGCGACCCCGAGAGCAGCGAGCCGGAGGCAGUGGAGGAGCCGUUCAUGGCGCGCGCCCGCAGCCUGGGCCUGUCGGCGGCCGCCGCCGCCGGCGUCGCAGCAGCCACCGCCGCCACCAGCGCCCUGUCGCCCCUGCUGCCGCAGCGCCGCCGCGUGGGCGCGCCAGCCUACGUCCUCAGCGGACGCCGCUACAUGGCGGCGGCGGCGGCGGCCGCGGCUGCUGCUGCUGCUGCUGCUGCUGCUGCUGCUGCUGCUGCUGCUGCUGCUGCUGGCGGCGGCGGUUCGUCGUCGUCUGCCAGCGACUGCGAUGUGGACGACAUGGGCAUGGAGGAGGAGGAGCAGCAGCAGCAGCAGCAGCAGCAGCAGCUGGAUGCCAACUUUGAGAACCCACCCAAGCGCCGCCGCUCGGCCGUCAUCUCGGGCCGCCGCGGUGUGGGCAGCUCGUCCAGCUACGGCGUCAUGGCCGCCGGCGGCCCCACCGCACUGGCGGCCGUCACGUUGCUCAUGCCGCACCACAGCCUGGGGCUGACGCUGCCGCCGCCGCCGCCCUCCCUGGCGGCGGCGCCCUCCCGCGCCACGCCGCCGCCGCCCUCCCGCGCGACGCCACCGCCGCCCUCGGCACCCAAACCCCAGCCGGUAGCGGCAACUGGCGGCAACGGCAUCGGCCACAUGUCGCGUAACUCGUCGAUGCCCUCCCUGCCCGCGGCCGCCACGGCUGCUGGGGGCGCCGGCUCCGCGGGGGCUGCGGCUGCUGCUGCCGCCGCCGCCGCCGCCGCUGCUGCCAGCAGCAACAGCCGCCGCAAGCGCAGCAUGCCGCAGCGCGCGCCGUCCCUCUAAGGCGGCGGUGGCGUGCACAGCUCUGGGCUACGGCUGUUGCUGUUGG